GUUUGCUCCUUGCAGUCAUUUUUAUAUUUUCUUCCCUCUUUAAUAAUUUAAUUGAAAAUGAAAGUUUAUGCCAAAGCAAAGAACAUAUGUACGCGCGGCUCCCGUAUAUAUAACACGUUCUCGCCAAAAUGAAAACUUUGAUUUAUCUAUAGAGCUGGUGGGUUGCCCGCCGCUCUCAUAUACCUAAUGCUUUUUCACAUGAAUCUUUUGAAAGUUUUGUCGAAUAGUUCUGGAAUAAAUCAGCUGUGCCACCAACUUUAGCAUACCAGAAUUCGCCUUGAUACGUCCCUAAUUUCUCCAAGCAGAAACAGCUGAAGCAAAGCGAAUUCACACAUUAAUAGCAAUAAUUUCUGUAGCAAAAUUAAUUUUUCAUAAUUUCAAAUAAAUGUCUCAAAUAAUUAUUGAUCAAUUGACACACGCGCAAAAGGUGCGUAUUUUAUAUAAAACCAUUUUACGUUUACACAGAGGACUGCCAGAGGAACUGCGAGACCUAGGUGACAAAUACGCUCGCGAUGAAUUCCGGCGACAUCUUCAAUGUUCACCAAUGGAGGCGCAACUCUUUAUGACGGAAUGGGCUAAAUACGCCGUGACCAUUACCUCACAAUUGGGACUUAAAGGUAAAUCAAUGGGUACAAUUGGUGGUGAAUUGGACUCCAACACAGUGGAAAUGUUAAAAGAAGAUCAAGUUAUUCAAUUGUAUGAAUUAAUGUUAGCUGCGAAGGGUCUUGAAGGUGAUACGAUUACAGCCAAAGACAUACAUAACAGCAAAUAAACGAUUGGCUUUUAUAUCUUUCGAAUGAUGUAUUUAAAGCGUU